GUUGCAUGCCGCCGCUGGAGGUUUGCCAGUUUGACGUGCCUUCCUUCUCUGGAGCUCCAUUCACUUUCGAAUUCCCAUUUCCCGUAGUCCUCCAUGGGUCCGACCCGCGCGCCGCUGCCUUCCACGUCCACUUCCUUGUCUCUCGUCUCCACGCUUUUUUGCUCACUGUCGGUCAACUUCAUUCUCGCAACGAAUUUUUGGAUGCGCAGGACUGUAUCUAUCACAAAACCCGACCAUUCAUCAUCUCCAUCAUCGCAAAAUCAUACGUUAUUGCGAUUGCACUAUCUGCCACGCGACCGGUCUCUAGGAUAAUCGUGAAUCCUCAACCAACAAUAACCUUUGCAUCUGGGAACACACGAAACAGCCUCGCCCGUCAGCCGCGCGUUAUCGACCACAAUGGGCGACUUCAGUAACUAUGGCGGCUCCGAUGAGGAGAACGCCGAAAUCAAAAGGCUUAAUGCCGAGGUGGAUGCCGAUACCGACAACUUCGAGAACUGGGAGAAACUGGUACGCGCCUGCGAAGGACUCGAAGGCGGUCUCAACAGAAACUCGAGCCCGCAGGCUCUGGCUACCCUCCGCGCCACAUACGAUCGAUUCCUCCUCAAGUUCCCCUUGCUGUUCGGUUACUGGAAGAAGUAUGCUGAUCUCGAAUUCAACAUCUCGGGUCCCGAGUCGGCCGAAAUGGUGUACGAGCGAGGAUGCGCCAGCAUCACCAAUUCGGUCGAUCUGUGGACAGAGUAUUGCUCCUUUAAGAUGGAAACUACUCAUACACCCCAUCUCGUGAGAGAGCUUUUCGAGCGCGGCGCUACCCAUGUCGGCCUAGACUUCCUCGCCCACCCCUUCUGGGACAAGUACCUCGAGUACGAAGAGAGACAGGAGGCGCAAGACAAGAUCGUUGCGAUCCUGAACCGGGUCAUUCGGAUUCCGAUGCACCAGUAUGCGCGCUACUUCGAACGGCUCAGGACCCUCGCUCAGACACGUCCACUUCUGGAGUUAGUUUCUGCCGAUGCGUUGGCCCGCUACCGGGCGGAAGUCGAAGCCGAGAGCGCCCCAUACGGCAUUCAGAAGAGCGAACCCGAGAUUGAGCGUGACAUCCGGGCCAAGAUCGAUGCGCAGUUGUACACCGUUUUCCAGCAGACACAGGCCGAGACUACGAAGCGCUGGACCUUCGAGUCGGAGAUCAAACGGCCUUAUUUCCACGUUACAGAGCUUGAGCAUGCGCAGCUGGCCAACUGGCGCAAGUAUCUCGAUUUCGAGGAAUCUGAGGGCAACUUCAGCAGGAUCGUUUUCUUGUACGAAAGAUGUUUGGUCACCUGUGCUCUUUACGACGAGUUUUGGUUCCGCUACGCUCGAUGGAUGUCGGCACAAGAAGGCAAGGAGGAGGAAGUCCGCAACAUCUACCUCCGCGCAACGACUCUGUAUGUCCCGGUCAGUAGGCCUGGAAUUCGGCUUCAGUAUGCCUACUUCGAGGAGAUGUCCGAACGUGUCGAUGUCGCCCGCGACAUCCACGCGGCCAUCCUCAACAAGCUGCCCGAUUGCGUUGAGGCUAUUGUCUCGUGGGCUAACCUUCAGCGCCGUCAGAGUGGUCUGGACGCUGCCAUUGAGGUGUACAAGGCGCAGAUUGACUCUCCGACAGUGGAUAUCUUUACCAAGGCCGUUUUAGUCACCGAGUGGGCUUAUCUUUUGUGGAAGGUCAAGGGAUCGAGCGAGGAAGCCCGCACUUGUUUCUCCAAGAACGUCCAGUGGUAUUCGGACAGCCGCCACUUCUGGCAAAAGUGGCUGGAGUUUGAACUGGGCCAGCCCACCAAUGCUGAGCUUGAGGAACAGCAUGGUGAGAGGAUCAAGGACAUCAUCCAAACCAUCCGCAGCAAGAGUCGCCUGUCCCCAGCUGUCAAGCAAGAGUUGUGCCAGGUAUACCUGAACUAUUUGCAGGACCGUGGCGGUAAGAAGGCCAUGAAAGAAUUUCUGGCCCUCGACCGGGAACUGUAUGGGCCCCAAUCGAUCUCGGUCAUUACUAAAGCCAAGCUCGGUGGUAAGGAGAACGGUGUUGCGAUGGGCGAACUCGACGAACCCACUCGCCAGAAGGCCGAGACCAGAUUCUACAGUUUUUACCAGCUCCAUAUGGACCCCGAUCCGAACGCUCAAGGACCGGCUAGCUUUAAUUAAGCACACGGCGCCACUCUUCGGUUCUAGGGCUAGUCCUGCCGCCCAGGGCAUUUCCCGCUGAUCUUCGGAUAUCGACAAACUGAACGAAAAGAGUAAUCGGCAUCCCUCCCCUCCUCCCCCCUGUAUGCGUCAUGUAGCCUUUGACUUUUUAGACUUGCCCAGAGACCAGUGCGAAGCAGAAGAGGCCGAUCAAGGCUUCAGCAACGUUGACUAGUUUCCGAACUUUCAACCUAUCCCCACGUUCCAGUGAUGGCAAGCUGGCAUCGUGUAUUGACACGUUCCAGUCUGGCAAUCUGGUAUCGUGAAAGAAAUUAUUUCGUGGGAUCUCGAGCAAUUUACGGCUGGUAACAAACCUUGAACAAACAAUGAGAGAAUGAGGACCGCAAAACGGAGGAGGUCCUUUGUGUUUCUGUGACAAUAGCGAACAAAAUUGACCUUGCGUUAGAUAGAGGACCUUAGUAAUUCUGAUCAUCGUUGAACAUGACAAUCGG